AGUUGAAACAUCAUUGAAACAAAUAACUUAAAUUCUGCUCGUUACAGGUAGACGAUAGUUUUUUGAAACCGUUAAAUAGAGAUUGUUAACAGCUGUGGUAAGGAAUUAGUAAGAAGUGUUAAAGCAUCGAAUGGUUGAAAAUUUUAAGUGAACAUCUAGAGAAAAGCUACGUGAUAAAAUGAAGAAACAAUUUUCAUUCGUGUGCUUAUGCCGGGAAGAAGUAUGCGUUAAAUUGAAAUUUAUGUGCAUAAAAUGCUCUGACUAUAUAGUAACCUGAAAUUCAUGCCACAGGCUGAAGGGUUUUCGACGCCGUGAGUUUUGACCUCCUGUGUAGUGACAGAAACAUUGUGUACUUUAACCUUCUUUUGAUUGUGUUCUGCCUGUAAGACGAGGGUGUAUUUUUGUAAUUAUCGGGUGAAGCGAAGAAACGGUGAACUGAGUAACAGGUGAAACUGUGGUCUGUUUUGGUGUCACAAGUUUUACAAGCGAGUUAUUUUGGAUAACCGCACCCAAAUUCACUGUAUAGCCAAAAACAGUGAUUCAAUUCAUUGGUUUCCAGUGGUUUCCAGUGGUUUCCAGUGAAACACCCUUGGAAGGUGCGAAAAUGUCACUGCGAAAAUGUUGUUUUCUACCAACACCGACACGCUUUCGAAACUAUUUCAGUGCUCAUCACAAGUGCUUCCAUAAUUUUCAACGCCCCCGUAUAGGAAUCACUUCAAGUCAGGUACAUCUGUUCAAAAUUAGGGCUAUGCACAAUACACCGCAGGUGCAACUGUUUACUGUUAAAGUGCCGGUGAAGAUAACAUUUUGAUUUGCAUAUGGUUCACUCGAUAAGUAACGUUAGUGUGCAGUGGUUUUCCUUUCUCCCCCUCUUUUAAGGAUUUCAUAGUUUGCAAACAGAAAUGCGUUUGUUACGCCCUGUGGGAUCAUCCAUAAUGAUUUAUUCAGGAUUUCUAGUUUUUUGUGUGUUUGUCAUUAUUAUUAAAAUUGACCAUUCGAUUGUUUCUGGAGUACAGAGGUUGGGCAUAGUAUAUUUCACUGGGUGAAUUGAUUAUGUGGUGCUCAGAGGCGGUGAUGUUUUUUCUUUCCUUUUUAAAGAGCUAUUAAAUGAUAAAACUCGCAGUAUGCCUGGCGUCGCCUCAACCUUUUUACUGUAAAACUGAUUGCCUCUAAACCUUACAGAUCUCACUACAAACCUUCAAGUUACGUAACAGACCACAAGUCUACGAACACGUUACAAAUCUGAUAUUAGUCCCGACACGAUUCCAUCAUGUGGCGGUCAUCCCAUAGACCCAGCUGAGGAAGUCGUCACAACUGCUGUUCACAUGUUUCACUUAUUUUGAUUAUCAAGGCUCUUUUGACCGUCAUGAGUUUUGCUGGCAUGGGAUACCGAUGAACGGGUGAAACACGCGUUUCAUGGUAAUAUUUAAAGAGAAAAAAAAAGCCACCCACGACAGAUUGCCGAACGAUCUCGCAGCCCGUUUAGUUUAAUGGUUUUCCGCGAGAUUUAACGAGUAAUCCGAGUCACGCCGUCGACCGGCCGGCGAAAUAUUCUACAAGUGAGUUUUCCUUUAUUCUUAUUAUUUUAAUUCUUCAGUUGAAGCUGGAUUUUCAACGUUGCCUGCAUGCAAACAUUGCUUCCCUGCUUGUUUUUGUAUCGCAGGCAACCAAGUGAAUACAUGAAUAAAUUCGUCGCGCUCGGCUGAUUGGUGGAAUUAUCCGGUGACCUGUUCGCUGUGAGUUCAAACAAGAUGCUGAAAUCAAAACAGGUGAUGUGUCAAUUCGCUUGUAACUCUCGAACGGUCCCGUCGACUGCAUUCCGCAUAAUCUUGAUUCUAUCGUCUGCCAUUUUAACAUGAGUUGCUCGGCUUUACAGGGAAAAUGCUUGGAACACUGUCACCCGCACAUGUUGAAAGGAUAUCUCAAGAAGCGGUUUCCAAUCACGGCUUGGCUGCCAGAAUAUUCACUCAAGACUCUUCAAUGUGACAUAAUAGCUGGGCUUUCAGUGGGCCUUAUGGUCGUUCCUCAAGGCCUGGCCUACGCUCAACUGGCCGGCCUUCCUCCUCAAUACGGACUAUACUCAGCGUUUCUGGGUUGUUUUGUGUAUUGUUUUCUUGGGACGAGUAAAGACAUUACACUGGGUCCGACAGCGAUUAUGUCACUUAUGGUAUCGGCGUACGGCAAACCUGAAGAACCACAGUUUGUUGUCGCUUUAACAUUAUUCACUGGAGUUAUUUUACUUUCUAUGGGGCUUCUUCGCUUAGGUUUCGUGGUGAAUUUUAUUUCAAUUCCAAUCGUAAGCGGCUUCACUACAUCGGCGACAAUAAUCAUCGCAUUCAGCCAGAUUAAAGAUUUACUUGGAUUAGAAAAUAUCCCUCGUCAAUUCGCCAAGAAUGUCUACUACACCUUCAAGAAUUUAGGUCUCACGAGGAAGUGGGACAUAACUUUGGGAAUAAUCUGUAUAUUAUUUCUGGUAACUCUCAGAAAGAUCGGUCGUCUUCAAUGGGUCAAGCAGAAAGAUUCGAGCGAUUCAAAGUGGAUGAAGGCGGCAAAAAAGACGGUGUGGCUCAUUUCAAUCAGUCGAAAUGCUCUUAUAGUUCUGAUAGCCGGCUUAGUGUCUUCAUCGUUUUUUAAACACGGCCAUACCGACAUUUUCACUUUACCGAAGCAUAUAGACCCCGGUUUGCCACCUAUACAGGCACCUGCGCUGAGCUUCCGUUACGAGAACUCCACGUUGACUCCAGCUGAAGUACUCAAGGAACUUGGGCCUGGCCUUGCUGUCAUUCCUCUGAUUGGCUUUCUUGAGAGCAUCGCAAUUGCCAAGGCUUUUGCACGGAAGAAUCGCUACACUGUUGAUGCCAGUCAAGAGUUGAUUGCUCUUGGUAUUGCCAAUUGCCUCAGCUCUUUUGUGUCUUCAUAUCCAGUGACGGGAAGCUUCUCAAGGACAGCGGUGAAUGCUCAAAGUGGGGUUGCCACACCUGCUGGAGGAAUUUUUACUGGGGCAGUUGUUCUGUUGGCCCUUGGUGUGCUGACUCCAUCCUUCAAGUACAUUCCAAAGGCAUCUCUUGCAGCACUGAUCAUGUCAUCAGUGGUGACCAUGAUAGAGUAUCACAUCAUACCAAGUAUCUGGAAGGUUCGACGCAUAGACCUGGUGCCACUGGCCGUCACCUUUUUUGGUUGUUUCUAUGACAUUGAAGUUGGAAUUCUAACUGGUAUUGUUGUUGCUCUGUGCAUCCUUCUGUACCAAGUUGUUUGGCCAUCUGUUCAAAAGAUCAGUAGAGGAGACUAUGUCCUGCUCAAGGUUCAUGGCAAUCUCAACUAUCCUGGUGUUGAGCAUGUCACCAAUGAAGUUCAAGCAGUUGCCAUUGCCGAUCCUCCACCACCUGGAAUUGUUCUCGAUUUCUCUGUGGUCACUAGUAUUGAUUAUACAGUCACUCAAUCACUUCUGACGGUACUGGAAGACAUGGACAACAAGAGAAUACCAAUCUUCUUCACUGGUGUCCAAGAUAAUGUGCGUGAUAUGAUGGUUAAUUCUGGGAUUGACCCGGGAAUCAUUAAUCAAGGUACCCAGGUUAUUGUAGAUUCAAUUAAUUCACUGGAGGUAAUUGCACAGAGUUAAAUAAAUAUUGUCACAUUACUCUUUUCAGUCCUUAGCAGUGAGGCUGUGAAGACAUUAGGCUGUGAUUCUCUUACUAAAAACCUUAGUGUUCAGGUAAAAAUCAUACACAUAUUAUUACUAUCCACUACAAGCAAAAAUAGUGGCAUGGCAUGGCCAAUCAAAUUUGCAAAUUUAAAAUAGACCAUGGCCUUUUUACUGAUACUAGUUAGCUACUCUGGGUCACUUUCUAGUCAAAUCAGCUGUGAACCUGACACUGCAUUGAUAUUCUGAGGAAAAAUUAGGGGUUGAUCUCUGUCUGGGCUCAAAAAGUAGACAACAAUUUCACUGGGUUAGAUGUCAUCAUGUAGAAAUCUUGGUUUCUCUGUAUGACUAUUUAAGAAAUGGAAAACAUUUUCAGUGUUUUGAGUUCUUUAAACCAGAAUGAUUCUAUAACUCAAAAGAAAAACCAAAUUGUUUUCCCAUUUCUUUUAGCAAACACUCCCCAAAAAAGAAUGGAAAAUUGCAUGUUUAUUUUGGUGACUAAAAUGUAAAUGCUCUUCAUUCAUGCAACACAUCAACAGUUCAUGCUAAAUCUGUGUAUUGAGUAGGAGUAUGACUUUUAGCAUGUGCUUUCUUACAGUUGUUUUCUAUUUAACUGAUUCAUACAAAAAAUUAUUUAGGAGGUUAACAAAUUUCAAUGUUGUUUCUGGAUUAUUUGUACUCUUCCACAGUGGACCCUCACACACAAGAUUUUUUUUGGGAUUACAAGCCUGUUUAAAUCCAGUUAAUUAUGGCUCCUUCAGGAAACUAAACUUAUGGUUUUCCAGUUUUUUAAUGAUUACAAUUUGGGAGACAGUUGUCCACUUGAUGACCACACUUUAUGCCACUGACCUCCGAGUCACCUCUUGUGAAUAUAAAUCUCAAUAAAUCUCAAAUUAUUUUAUAUCUUUUAGAGAUUUAAAGAUUUAAAAGAGUCAGUAAAUUUUCAGAUCAGUUUUUGCGUCUCCUAGACAUUUUGAAUAUUUCUGCCGAACAACAGGCUUCCUACAGGUCCACGUAUGAAACAGACUUUGGGUUAUCUUUAGGUUGUCACUCUGCAGAUAGCAAAAAAAAAAAAUUAUACAAGUCGUGUAUUUUAUUUUUGAUCUCUUGAUGAGUAGAAGUAGUCCAUGCUUUCUCCUUUUGUACUGUGCAUUAGAAACAAAUACUUUUCAAUGAUAUUAUAUUCUGUAUAUUACUUAAAUAAUAAAGUGGUUAGCCAGGUAUUUGCUAUUUAAAGUUAGUUUUUUUCAUGUUAGCUAUGGGGCAAAGAAGAGAACAAAAAGUGAAUAUAGAGUUUAGUAUAUAUUUUAUUAUAACGUAUGCUUUUCAUAUAUUAAUGAUACUGAUUUGUAUUUCUGUGAGAGGAAAGCUCACACAAUUUAAUACAGAGCUAAGAUUCAAGGUACAAAAUACUUUGGGAAGAGCUUAUUGCAAUUUAACAAAUAAAAUGAAAGAAUUUGGGGUUGAAAGAAAUUCAAUAUUUUUAGUAAAUUGGCAAAAUAUAGGAUAAAAGAACAAAAACGAUUUUAUAAUAUUUAUGUCACAGCCCACAUGCACCUAAAAAUGUCAUUCUUUGUCCAGAGUCAUAUGUUAAUAUGACUAUUUAUACUAUAUGUACUAUAUAUACUAAUUUUCAUUGAACACAUGGCACUGGGUGCAUGCUAUAACUUGUUAGGUCGUGGGGGGGGGGGGGGGGUAUGGUGUACAAUGCAACAAAAGGUGCAUUUUCCAAUAGCAGACUAGAAAACAUUUUGGAAAGGAAAAAUAGUAAUAAUAAUUUAAUGAUUAUCAAUAAUGAUUAGGAUUUAUUUAUGGUUGUCUGCAUAGCAGCUCUACAGCCUGUCGUAGUGUUUCCAAAAGUAUAACAAAUAAAGGAGCAACAGAUGCACUUUUACUGCUGCAUGCUAUAUACUCUAAGUGAUUCUUAUAAUAUUAUUAUGACAAUUAUUAAACACUAUUAUUAUUAUAAUUUAUUACAGUCAAACUCUGUCAAUACAGAUUCCAUAGCGACUAUAGAGGGUUUUCACAUUAACAAGGUGUCGUAAAAGGUGGUUGAAAGAAAUUGUUUAAGUUCAGGAUGACAACCUGUCAUAAUAAGUUGUCCAUAAAAAGCAGGUGCACGUAAUGCAGGAUUUGACUGUAUUUGAAAAUAUUAAGCAAAAAGGUAAAGUUAUAUGUAACCCAAACUAGCAUCCACCAAGGAAAAAAAAACAGAAGUCUUUAGCUUGCCACUCAGCAACCAACUGUACAAAACAGACCGAGAGGGCAAAAUCGUUGCACAAAUCCAGCCGUCCAAGACAGGGAGUUUUUACUUUGGAGGGUUAACCUGCAGCCAUGCAGGUGAAACAGCAAUAUCCAGUCACUUAUGGAAACUAAUGUAAAUUUCCAUCUGUAUGGAUCAGUGAAGCUAAAUGCAGGCUAUUUUAUGUCAACACUUUUCUCAAACAUAGGCUUAAACCUUUCAAGAUCAUAGUUUUGUUUUUAUCAUUGAAUGACAAUGAUUGCAAAAUGGAUCUUGCUGAGUUGCAAACUAUCGAUUCUCUUCCUCAUUCCUAACACUAUAUUUAAAAUCAAAUGAAAUUACAUUCAAACAACCACAACAUUCAGGUGUGGAAAAUCAGGUUUCAUUUGGAUCUGACUGGUUGAGAAAAUGCCACAAAAUUUUUAAACUGGUCCAAGUGCAGUUAAGGAAAACUAGUUUCAAGUUAUUUUGUACAUGUACACAGUGUUAGAAAAUGAUACUGAGAAAUAUAUGGAGAGCUGGAGGGAUUAUGUUGCUGCUUGAACACACCACCAGCUCAAGUGUAAUGGGCCUGACUGAGUGACUUACAGAUACAUUGCAAUCUUUGCAAAACCAUAUUUUUUUGGAAAGAUUUUUGGUUACAAUCAAAGCUGCCUAACAGAAUACUUAAUUUACAAUAGUUAAAUUUCUCAGCUAUUAUUUUAAUGGGAACAUUUGCACUGAGAGUGGGAUGAAAUAAAUGGUACAGAAAAGAUGCUG